GAUAAGUUGGGUAUGAAGGUAUGGCAAUCGGGCGGAUCAGGGGUGGUUUGCCCUAACCACCUUUAACUCCUUGCUAAAAAUUUGUCCCACCUCCAUUCUGUUUUUUUUUUCUUAACAUAAAUUUUAUUCAUUUCAUUAGCAAUAAUAUGAUGAUCAAUAAAUGAGUGACUGUCAAUAGAAAAAUGGUAAGUUAGCUAAAAAUAUGACUGCUCCAGCUAUUGACAUGCUGUUUAAUAAACUCGACUGGCUAUAGAGGAGGGAUUUUGACUUACUUCACGUAAAAUUACUCUUCUUAGUAACUCAUUAUAUAUUUUAUAUUUCACCAAUCCAAUUGUUGAAUUAUAAGAUCUUAAAGAGUAAAUCAACUAAACUAACUCUAUAGAAUUUUUUGACAAUUGUGAUUAUGUAAUCAAAUAGUUGUCAUUUAAUGUAUUUGUAAAAAGAUUUUUAUCAAAAUGCCAACUUUUAACAACUUUUUUUUUAAAAUUAUGUUAUAUAUAUAGAGGAAGUUUCUAUGGUACAUAUUCAAAUUAUUUUCUUAGUGUACCUGAUUUUGGUCAAGUUACAAUUAUCUUACUGUACUAGGGAAAUUUAAUAUUUCCAAGACAAUGCAUUUUAUCUAAAAUAAUCAACUACCAAGCUUGUGAGAAUUGAAAAGUGAUUUGUGUGAAAGGUGUUUGUAUAUUUUGUGUAUGUCAAGCUAGGUAGGAUCACUAUUUAAAUUCAAGUAUCAACAAUGAAUUGCUCUGUUUUCUCUGCUCUGUGUGCGUGAUGUUGCUUCUUCUCCCAUACCUCAGUUCCCAACCUGACCGUGCAACCGCAUUCAACUCACUGUUGCUGUCGUUCUCGCUCGCCACCUGUUGAGCGCCGAGUUAAUACUUGUUUCUGAUUCUGCAUUGGUUCUUCCAGCUGGUGCAAAUUCCCUCAAAUCUGGUACAAACUUGUGAGAGUUUUACACACAAGAGAAAGGAUGCACAUUUUACCGAAACUCUUCGACGGCUUUACGCGACGUGUUUGGGUGUAUCGCUGUUAUACUUCUUCUCCUGGCCUUGCCCUUGCUGAUUCAUUUUAUCUCAAUGAAAACACUCCUCUAUGCUCAAGGAACCUCGACCCACCUCUCAAUUAUGUCUAUCCAGGAACUGCCAUUGAAAGAAGAGAUAUGAUCUGGGAGGGGAAACUGGAACAGCGAUCUCCAACUGCCUUUUAUGUGCCUAAUAUGCCUGAACUUAACUCUCAAUUGAAGCAACUAAUGAAACUGGGAAAAAUUUGUGAAGCCAGGGAUAUGUUUAAUAAAAUGGCUCACAGAGAUGAGAUAUCAUGGACAAAUUUAAUAGCGGGUUAUGUCAAUGCCGCAGACUCGAAUGAAGCAUUGAUCUUAUUCUCAAAUAUGUGGGUCGACUCUGGACUUCAAAAGGAUCAAUUUGUUGUAAGUGUUACCCUCAAGGCUUGUGCACUUGGCAUGAAUAUAUAUUUUGGAGAAUUAUUGCAUGGAUUUUCAGUGAAAUCUGGUUUGAUAAACUCUGUUUUUGUCAGCAGUGCCCUUGUAGACAUGUACAUGAAAGUAGGAGAAACAGAACAAGGUCGCAGUGUCUUUGAAAAAAUGACAACAAGAAAUGUAGUAUCAUGGACUGCAAUUAUUGUGGGGCUUGUACAUGCUGGUUACCGUUUGGAGGGACUGUUGUACUUUUCUGAAAUGUGGAGAUCAAAAGUGGGCUAUGAUUCACAUACAUUUGCCAUUGCUUUAAAGGCAUCUGCUGAUUCAGGUAUGUUGCAUCAUGGGAAAGCCAUACAUGCACAAACAAUAAAACAAGGGUUCAAUGAAACUGCGUUUGUUGUUAAUACUCUUGGUACCAUGUAUAAUAAAUGUGGAAAACCAGACUAUGUAAUGCAAUUAUUUGGAAAAACGAGGAUUCCAGAUGUAGUUUCAUGGACGAACCUUAUCACAACUUAUGUACAAAUGGGUGAAGAAGAACAAGCAUUGAAUGCAUUUAAAAGAAUGAGGAAAUCCAAUGUCAGUCCCAAUGAGUAUACUUUUGCAUCCAUAAUUUCUGCUUGUGCCAGUCUUGCUGUUUCUGGAUGCGGGGAGCAAAUACAUGGCCAUGUAUUGCGUCUAGGUUUGGUAGAUGCCUUGUCGGUGGCAAAUUCCAUCAUCACUCUUUAUUCGAAAUGUGGGCUGUUACGGGAAGCUUCAUUGGUAUUUCAUGGUAUGAGUAGGAAAGAUAUUAUUUCUUGGAGCACUAUAAUUUCUGUUUAUUCUCAAGGAAAUCACGCAAAAGAAGCUUUCAACUAUCUAUCAUGGAUGAGAAGGGAAGGACCGAAACCAAAUGAAUUUGCUCUUGCUAGUGUGCUGAGUGUUUGUGGAAGCAUGGCACUUCUGGAGCAAGGUAAGCAGGUGCAUGCUCAUGCCCUGUGCAUUGGUUUAGAUCAUGAAGCAAUGGUUCAUAGUGCUCUAAUUAGUAUGUAUUCAAGAAGUGGAAAUCUACAAGAGGCUUCAAAAGUUUUUAAUGGUAUAAACAUUAACGAUAUCAUAUCAUGGACUGCAAUGAUUAAUGGGUAUGCGGAACAUGGUUACAGCCAAGAGGCUAUUAGCUUGUUUGAGAAUAUUUCCCGUGUUGGUUUAACGCCGGACUAUGUGACGUUUAUUGGGGUUCUGACUGCUUGUAACCAUGCUGGAUUGGUUGAUCUUGGUUUCUACUACUUAAAGUUAAUGACUAAUGCAUACCGAAUCACUCCUUCAAAAGAGCACUACGGUUGCAUGAUUGAUCUUCUAUGCAGAGCAGGGCGGUUGAGUGAGGCUGAGCAUAUGGUACGAAACAUGCCAUUCCCUUGUGAUGAUGUUGUAUGGUCUACCUUACUCAGAGCAUGUAAGGAUCAUGGUGAUGUUGACCGGGGAAGUUGGGCAGCAGAACAUAUACUUCGCUUGGAUCCAAAUUCUGCCGGAACUUACAUCACUAUUGCUAACAUAUAUUCUGCCAGUGGAAGAUGGAAGGAAGCGGCACAUUUCAGGAAGUUAAUGAAGUCAAAAGGAAUAAUAAAGGAGCCAGGAUGGUCUUGGAUUAAUGUCAAUGAUCAAUUAAAUACAUUUGUUGCUGGGGAUCAAUCUCAUCCGCUAAGUGAACAUAUAACAACCAUUUUGGAAUUACUAAGCAUGAGUAUAGGAGACGCUAGGCUGGAUUUAGGUUCUAUUGUAGAAGAUGUUGAAGAUUAGAAGCUCACUGUAUUAUCUGUUGCAGUUAGAAGAUGGCUGGGGAGUAUUUAAAACAUGAUGCAAUGGAUUUGAGUGGAUUUUUGCUUCUAUAUUGUUCUUUAUUGAGAUGCUGAAGGAAUAUUAAUACAUCCUUAAGAGCAAGGGAAGAACAAUGUUGCUGUGUGUGGAUUUGCAUCACUGAGGUUUGUUCAAACAAAUUAGUAGUGCUUUAUUCUCCAUGGUCGCAUUUUUCUGCAUGCUACCAUCACCUUGGUUUGUUGCUUGUUGUUUGCGCUUCCAAAUCUCUCCACUGUGAACCUAGAGUUUAAGGCACAAUCCAAAGGGGAGGUUUGAAUAGUAAAAAUAAGUUUCCAGACAUGUACAUGAAAUUAUGAAGAAAAAAAACUGGUGUCCUAGAAAGGGAGAUGGGGAAGGAGAGUGUACUAUUGACUAUGAUGCACCUCCUUGAUCCAAUGAAGUUUUUACUUCAAUGGAGGAUGCUGAGAACACCUUUCCGUCAUCAAAGAAAAGGGCAGCUGAACAGGAGCUUGGCCGAGACACUCCUCAUCACUAUGAGAAAGAUUGCCAUUACCUUGCUACUGGAACUUAUGGAGAGGCAGUGAUGAGGUUCUGUUAACAGUAGUAGUAUUCUACUCAAUCAUUCCAGAUCAAUCCAUCAAUCCAUUCACAAACACUCUACCCCCCUUCAAAACUCCCAAAGAUCUCCUUGAGUUGUAGAUGCUGACUAUAAUGCAUGGUUAGAAGAUGGCUGGGGAGUAUUUAAAACUUGCAACUCUUCCUAAAGACCAACGAUGUUGCUGUGUGUGGAUUUGCAUCACUGAGGUUUGUUCAAGCAAAUUAGUAGUGCUUUGUUCUCCAUGGUCGCAUUUUUUCUGCUUCCUACCAUCACCUCGGUUUGUUGCUUGUUGUUUGUGCUUCCAAAUCUCUUCACUGUGAAGCUAGGUACAGAAUACCCUUUGCACAUGUUGUAUAUUAUACACAACCUAAACUAAUAGUUGUUUAUUGAAGACGAUGUCUCUGAUUGUGGCACAUGGUCAAGUACAGUAAUAAUUUACUUAUAAUUUAUAACUUUAAGAGACACUCAAUUGAUAAUGGUCAACCAAUUCAGCAUAUUUGCAUUGUUUUGACUUAACAUAAUUGAUGAUUUCUUGGUUGCGGAGCUGUCUGAAUUCAAAUGGCACAAUACAUGCAGAUGGUUCAUACAAUAUAAAAGGGAGUUCGUCCUUGAGAAUGGACGAUGCGUUGUGGUUGAACACUAUCAGUUUCCUUUUUCUACCUUCUGAAUAACAAGCCUGGUAUGAAGUUUGCAUUUGUGGAUUACAUAUGGCAGCAGAGCUCGGAGCCAUGAUGAUGUCUCUUUGCAGCGACUUCCACGUGGUUGUCACUCUCAAGUGAAAGAGUUGAUCCUUGAAAGUACAUUUCAAAUGUAAAGAAUCAAUGAAGUAGUGAAGACUAAUAGUGCCUAAUAUCAAAUGUGAGAGUUAGAAGAACCACUCACAACUUUUUUCCCUCCUUUAAAGGGAGAUUAUUAGUGCAUCUCAAACAACUCGUAUUCUUCAAUCACUAGUCAAAUUGUUUGAGAAUGAUAUCUCAAACUUGUUCAAGUCCCUUACAAGUAUCUUAUGCACCAUUAAUGACUCUGCAUUCAUAUGUAUAUUGUCGUGCAACAUUUUCAAUGGAGGAAUUGUCGAAGCAGCUAAACCAGAAAGGAAAAAAAAAUGCAACGAACCAGAAAGGAGUUGUACUAAUCUUUAAUAUAUGUUGUCUAGAUGCUUGAAUGCUUGCUAUUUUCCUUGAGGGGGUUCCCAAUUUUUUUGUUUUUGUAAACUAAAGUAUCUUUCAAAUACUACUGUAUAGACUAAACCGUAAUCCCUCAAUAAUAACCGAUAUCUAUGUAAA